AUGGCUGACGCUCCUAUUUCUUUCCUGCCCCUUGGCGCCAUCAUCCAGUCCCUUGUCGUCAACGGCAUCAACGUCGUCCAGGGCUUUCCCACGCAAGAGGACUAUGAGAAGCACAACUCCCCUUACUUUGGCGUGACUGUUGGUCGUGUCGCCAACCGAAUUAAGGGUGCUCGAAUUGACAGCCUCAAUGGUAAGGAAGUUACUCUCGCCGCCAAUGACGGACAGAACCACCUUCAUGGCGGUAAGAUUGGCUGGAGCAGCCGCGUCUGGGACGGCCCCAAGCCCGUUGGAACUCGCCAAAUUCCAGGCGUAGAGGGACUCGAGGGUGGGGAGAGUGUUGCCUUUGCACUUACCAGUGAGGAUGGUGACGAGGGAUACCCUGGCACCGUCGAAGUCACUGUUACCUACACAACUGGUACACAAAACGUCAAUGGCAAGGAAGUCAUCAUUCUUGCCAUGGAAUACGAGGCAAAGCUUGUUGGUGGCGCUGAUGAGACCGUCAUCAACAUGACCAACCACUCCUAUUUCAACCCCAGCGGAAAGGAGACUAUUGCUGGUACAGAUAUCACCCUGCCUACAGCCAACUACCUGGCUGUUGGUAGCGAUCUCAUCCCCACAGGCAAGAUUGAGCCUUUCCCCGGUGUUACCGCCAACAAGACCUUCACACUGGGCCCCCAGGAGCCUAAUAUCGAUCAUUGCUUCGUCUUAAACACAGACCCAUCCUCUGUGCCCCUAGACACCCGCAACCAGCCCCUCAACCUCAAUGUCAAGGCCCACCACUCCGGCUCCGGCGUGAACCUGGAGGUUUACAGCACUGAGCCCACCUUCCAGAUCUACACUGGCGCCGGCAUUAAUGUGCCUGCCGUCAACGGUUUGCCUGCUCGUGGUGCUCGUGCCGGUUUCUGCUGUGAGCCUGCUCGCUAUGUUAACGCUGCCAAUGUACCGGAGUGGAAGAACCAGGUCUUGCUCAAGAAGGGUGACACAUACGGUGCCAGAACCGUAUACAAGGCGUGGGCCGAUUGA